ACAUGGCUGCCAAUGAUGUCAUCCCUAAGGAGCCUGGAACCUGGAAAAACUGAUCCAUCACCCGGACGGUGGUUUUUACCUGAAAGAAAGACCAGUAUCCCACAAUCCUCUGCGCUCCAACAGUUGCCAGUCAUUGUGAAGUUAGCCCGAGGAGAGGAGACAGACACGAUGAAGGAGACAGCGGCCAAGAAGAGAGACAAGGCGGGAGGCCGGGACACCAAAGCCGAGAAGCCCAAGGCUCCGGAGCCGCAGGACGUGGAGAUGCCGGAGGAGGAGUUGACCGGCGCGGCCAAAGUCAAAGAGCAGGACAGCCUGACCCUGGAGGACAUUAAGGAGCAUGUGAAGCAGAUCGAGAAGGCGGUGUCGGGGAAGGAGCCUCGGUUCGUUCUACGUGCCCUGCGUGCGUUACCGUCAACCAGCCGACGUCUCAACACCAACGUGGUGCAUAAAGCCGUGAGUGGCUUCUUCACCAACAACGUGGCCACCAGAGACUUCCUGCUGGGCUUCCUGGAGGAGCCGAUGGAGAUGGUGGACGGGGACGUCCAGUUUCGGCCGAGGACGGGUAAAGCAGCGUCUGCUUCGCUGCUGCCUGAGGUGGAGGCUUACCUGCAGCUGCUGCUGGUGGUUCAUCUGACCAAUAACAAGAGAUACAAGGAGGCUCAGAAGGUGUCGGACGACCUGCUGCAGAAGAUCGGCUCGAAGAACCGCAGAGCUCUGGAUCUGGUCGCUGCUAAGUGUUAUUAUUAUCAUGCCAGAGUGUACGAGUUCCUCAAGCAGUUUGACACCAUGCGCAGUUUCCUCCACACUCGCCUGCGGACGGCGACUCUGCGCCACGACGCCGACGGUCAGGCCGUGCUCCUCAACCUGCUGCUGAGGAACUACCUGCACUUCAACCUGUACGACCAGGCCGAGAAGCUGGUGUCCAAGUCCGUGUUUCCUGAGCUCGCCAACAACAACGAGUGGGCCCGAUACCUGUACUACACAGGUCGUAUCAAGGCGAUUCAGUUGGAGUACUCGGAGGCCCGCAGGACUUUGACCAACGCUCUGAGGAAAGCUCCCCAACACACAGCAGUGGGAUUCAAACAGACGGUCCACAAGCUGCUGAUCGUAGUGGAGCUGCUGUUGGGAGAGAUUCCUGACAGACUUCAGUUCAGACAACCUUCACUCAAAAGAUCACUGAUGCCGUACUUCCUGCUCACACAGGCUGUGAGAACAGGGAACCUGGCGAAGUUCAACCAGGCCUUGGAUCAGUUUGGGGAGAAGUUCCAGACGGACGGGACGUACACUCUCAUCAUCCGCCUGAGACACAACGUCAUUAAGACCGGUGUACGUAUGAUCAGCUUGUCAUACUCUCGUAUCUCAUUGGCCGACAUCGCUCUGAAGCUGCAGCUCGACAGUCCCGAGGACGCAGAGUUCAUCGUCGCCAAGGCGAUCCGUGACGGAGUGAUCGAGGCGAGCAUCAACCACGAGAAAGGUUUUGUCCAAUCAAAAGAGACCAUGGACAUCUAUGGCACCAGAGAGCCUCAGCUGGCAUUUCACCAGAGAAUCUCCUUCUGUCUGGAUAUACACAACAUGUCUGUGAAGGCCAUGAGGUUUCCUCCCAAAGCUUACAACAAAGACCUGGAGUCAGCCGAGGAGCGUCGGGAACGUGAGCAGCAGGACCUGGAGUUUGCAAAAGAAAUGGCUGAAGACGAUGACGACAGUUUCCCGUGACCUUGUUAAACGGACUUCCUGUGCAGACAGGAAGAAGUUCUGUGUGUUGGCGGCACACUGAUGUUACUCGAUCAUUUAUAACCCACAAUGCCCCUCUCCUCUCUUUUCUCUUUGGUGUUUAUUCUGCUGUAAUGCUUGAACUUUAACUUCUCUGUUUUUUCUCUCACUGAGAUGAAUAAAAGAAACUUGAUUUCA